UCAAGCCUUACCUCAUCUCUCUGCUGCAUCAACAACCGGCGAGCAAGCCGUCCAACUUGGUAAAGAACAUGUCGCUGUCAUCUAUCCUUUGUGCUGAUGCCGUCGCUUGCGCCAUCAAGGACUGCCAAGCUCCAGACUCCUUCUGCCCCAAGAAGUUUUUCCAGGUGUGUGGUCUUGCUAAGAAGAGCCCCCAGGAUGUGAAGAAAGUUUUCGGCAUCCUCGACAACGACGGAAGCGGCUAUAUCGAGGAGGAGGAGCUCAAGUUUUUUCUGCAGAGGUUUUGUCCCACCGCUCGGGCCCUGUCCGACAAGGAGACCAAGGAAUUCCUGAACGCCGCUGAUGACGACAGCGACGGCCGCAUCGGAGUCGACGAAUUCCAAGCUAUGGUCCUCUCCUAAACAUGUCGGACCCCUUUCUCAGCUGUCCAUCAUUUUACAUGUCUUCACUGACUCCCUUAAUUUAAGCAUCUGGUCAACAUUAUCAACACGGAAUUCCCCCCUUUUUGUUGUCAUGAUUUGCCGCUCAAACAAAUGUCAGUCAUCAAAUGUACCCAGAUAAAUAAAAAUAAUAAAACCCACUUUUAUUGGUUUGA